CUUAUCCACUGCACAUCCACACUAGUACAGACACUGAAGACGGGAUAGCAGCCGCAUCGGCGGCCACGCACUAGGCAACGAUUCCGAGAUGAAACUUCGCGGUUUCGAGGUCUACAUUAAAUGCGACGGCCGUAGGCUAGACGAGUAUGCCACUGGGAAAGAGGAUGGCGUUAUUAGUUGCUAUGUGUCAAGUGAGGCAGGCAAGGAAUUCGAAAUCAGGGGUGCCAAUCUCUCUUCUACGGGUAUGAGUGCAGGCAUCAGCGUGGAUGGACGGGCAUUUCCCACAAGAAUAUGCUUCGAACCAUGCUUCAAACCAGGUGCUAGCGGAAUGAUCCCUUAUUACGCCGGUAACGGAAGAAGGCAGCUCGUGUUUUCUGAAGUUCGCAUCACAGAUGAUGAGAACGUGGCAAGCUCCCUUGGCGAACUUAGUCAGCUUGGACUGAUACAAGUCCGAAUCUCUCGUGCACUUAUAUCAAGGAAGCAGCCUCGCAAACCACUGACUGACACUGGCACCGUCAGUACAAGUUUAGGACCAUUUCACGAGAAAUCCAAGAAAGGAGGACUGCACUGUGUCGAGCUAGGAGCGACGGAGGCGCUCCCAGAAAGAGCGGGCUAUACAUCGCAGUACAUUGAUGACCUAUCUUCACCUUACGUCACGUUCAAUUUCCGCUACAGGCCUCGCGCGAUUCUUCAAGCACAGGGCAUCAUAGAGCUGGAUGAAGCUGAGCCUCCGCGAAGUGAUACCUCGAUGGAUCUGCCCAAUACACAGAGUGCCUCGACACCUGGAGUGGAUGUCGAGUCGAGGGUCACGUUGACCCGCAAACGGCGAGAGGAACGGAACCCCUCAGAUGGCCCUCAAAAACGACCUCGUACAGACAAGGCUGUAUCUUCUGCGAUACCACUGCUCGACGCGAGUAUGGCCGAAGGUCACUUGCAUGCAGAGGAGGUCAAGCCACUUGUCCUCAAGGACGAGGAUGACGAUGACGAAGCCGCUGAAUUCAAUAUACUCCGAACCCAGAUGCGCAGUCUACAGGAGCAAUUGGAUCGCAUGGAGAAGAGACGGACACAGGCCCGACGCCUCAACACCGUCAAGCGAGAACCAUCGCCCGUACGAGUCGGAGCCUUCAACGGCGGCGUCAUUGACCUGACGGAUGAUUGAGUGUUGUGGUUUCUCUUGCGCUGUAGCCGCUGAGACGGUUGGUCGACUCAGGCGCAUAUAGGAGCACCAAUCACGCGUGCGUCGUAUGCCUGCCGCUGUAUCCCUUUCGCAUCGACCCCGCGAUCUACCCACAGAAAGCGUCGCUCGCAAGGACCAACCAUAUUCUACAUCGUACCGCAUACAGCCUCUGACUAGUCCUUCAUUCGUGCUCUCGGACUCAGAGGGCUCCACACGACUCGUCACUCAGGCCUGUCCUGCCAGCGAACAAGCGAUGUGCCCAGGAGGUGUCCUGUGGGAGUGGAAGAACGAAGCAGAUGAAAUCACAUGUUCCGCUAACCAUGCCACUACGUAACUCAGUAACGUAAG